AUGUCACAUCCACGUACUUCACAAAUGCUUAUUUCAAAUCAAAGCCUAACCACAAUGGAUACAAACACAAAUGUUACAAAUUCCCCACUUGCUUCAGUUAAUCCUACAGCUGUCCCAUGUGGUCAGUGUAUUAUCACUACAAAUGCACAGAAUCCCUUAACUGGACAACAGAAUCUAUCAAGUGCUAUCGGUGGUGGUGGACAUAAGCCUCAACUGGGUCAGAAUAUUGUAGCAAAUCUAUCAAAACCACCAGUACAAGCAGUUGUACACGCUACUGGUGUAUCAGCUGUAAUGGAAACUUAUGUCCAUGGAAAUCGUGGAUUAGUUACCCAAUACCCGAUUGGAUCAAAUACCCUACAUGAAAUACAAACAUUACCAAGAGUAAUUGAACAACAACAGCAACAACAAUCAUCAUCAUCACAGACUGGAAUUAAUUAUCGACCAGUAUUGAUUGCUAAUACACCAGGAAGUAUAAAUCAGCUAAAAAGUCAUCCAAGCAAUAAUCAUACUGUACCAGGGAAUCAAACUUAUCAAAUGAUUGCUUAUCCACGUCAAGCGCUAAAUAUUUUACAACAAACCCAUGGAAAACCUUCACAUACAAUAUCAUCUGGCAGCACUGGGAAUCAUGUAAUUAAUAAUAAUAGUAAUAGUGGUAGUAGUAAUUUAAUGUUAGCUGGUGUUAUUACUCCUGAAUGCUUACAAGUUGAUUCAAGUAAUAAUGCAGCACGUAUAGCACAAUUAUUAGCACCAGCUGGUACACAUCCUACAGGAAUUACAGCUGGUGCACAACUUGGCAGUAAUGCUCAAUUUCUUGUUUAUUAUCCUCAACAUGUGAAUACUGGUAGUGUUAAACUCCAUUCAAUGUCUACUUCUCCGCAUACACUAUCGUCGACAACUGUUGCCGCCACAGCAUCACCACUUACAACUACAAUAACAAAUACAACACCAUCAACAGUCAAUAGUGGCACCGGUACACCGACUAUUAUUGGUAAUCAUGCUACAUUGAUACCAUGUAAAACAACAAUCAGUACACAAAGUGAAGAAACACAUUCACAUUCACAACAACAACAACAACAACCUCAAACAGUUUAUUAUGCAUUAGCUACAAAUGAUUUGAUCAGACAACUUAAAUUAAAUCAUCAAACUAUUCAAAUAGAUUCGAGUGCAUCACCAAGACAACAGAUUAUUCAAACACCAUCUGGUUUAAUGUUUAUUCAAUAUCCUCAACAACAACAACAAGCACAACAAGGUCAUACAAGUAGUUCACCGUCCAACAUUGCUUCACAACAGCAACAACAACAUGUACAAAGUGAUAAUACAUUGUCUCGUAAUCAAAUGACAGCUAGUUCACUAGCUAAGCAUAAUGCUCAGUUGGGUGUUGUAAAUUGUGGUGCAUCUGCUGUUGGCAUUAUCACUGGUAGUGGGAUUGAUUCAAAUACUCUACCACGACAUUCUACACGUGUGGAACAUGUACAAGGAUCAGGAUUGAUAUGUACAUGUCCUCCUGAAGUACAUCAAGCUAUAUUUGAACAACAAAAGAAACGUCAACAAAAAUCCUUAGAACAGAAUCAACCAACAGCAGCAGUUGUACUUGGGUGUAUACCUACAUUGAAUAAAAUCAAUACUACAAAUAUUGGUAGUAGUGGUACUACUACUGGUACUAGCGGUCCAUCAUUGGAGACGACAGAGAUAGGUACAGGUACAGGUAGUAUACCACGUAAUUCAACAAAUCAAGUUACUGGAGUGCCGAAAGAAAAUGGAUUAGUAGGAAAAAUCCCCCAUGAAGAUGAAUUGACUAGUCAAAAGAAAAAUCUCCAAUCAUGUCAUCUUACCAAUUGUACACUAAGUGGAACAACAGAUACUUUGAAAAAGUCAACACCUGCUGCAUCACAGAAUCCUGCCAUCAAUGCCAAUACAACGACUACUACAACAUUAAAAAAUUCCGGGGUACAACCAGAUUCAUUUAAAGAAGCCUUUGAGCGUAUUGGUUUACCAGUGAAUAGUACAAAAUUAUCAAUGAAUUCAUUAGAUUUAUCUAACAAAAGACAAGCCCUACUGAAAACGAAACUUUAUCAAAUUGAAGAGAUGCGAAAGUCGGUUAAAUCCUUUCAUCAAUUACUGAAUGAAUUCAAUAGGAAAUUCACAUGUGAUAUGAAUAAUUGUAAUAAAAUUGUAAUGAAAUUAUCAAAUCAACAACAGAAUGCAAAGCAUAAAAAAUGUUUCGAUUCAAGACUUGAAAUAAUUCAAAAUGAACGUCGAAAUUUAGAUCGUUCCUUAGAAGAAAUGCAUGAUAUUAGUUCAGAAUUAACUGAACAAUUACAUGAUCUUGAAUGUGUUAUUGAACAAACAGGUAAUGAUGUCUUACAACAUCGUUGUCGAAUUACUCUCCCGUAUGUACAAACUUUGGAGAAUCGUUUGGAUUCGAUUAAUUCAGCUGUUAGUGUUGCAUGUGGUCAUUAUCCUGAAAUUCAACAAGUGUUGAACAGUCGUGAAGAAGCUGAGAAAAAAGCUAUCGAAAUUCAAAAGAGAAUUUUGGAUGAUCAGCUGUAUCAGCUGAAAGAUGUAAAUGAAAAAUGUAAACGUAUUAAAGGCACUAUAAUGACUUUAAAACGACUUGCUAUUGUAAAUGUACAAAAUCGUCAACGUUCCAAUUCACCAAGACGUUUCACUCAUCUUGGUGGUUUUGUUAAUCGUGCAGCUGCUGAUCGUGGUAGUAUUGAACGUAGUCGUUUGUAUGCAGCUGUACAGACUAUUCAACCAGAUUCUGAAAAGAGAUUACAAGCUAUUAAAAAACAAGAAAUGUUAGCUGUUCAAAAACGACGAGUUUUCUCAAAUGAAAAUAUAUCCACCAAUAGACUGUUGUUUACACCACUUAUAGAUCAAAAAUCAUUACAAACAAAAGAAAAUGUAGUUGGAGAAUCAGAAAAAAUAACAAUACCAGUAAAAGAAAAUAAAAUACCAACAACAAAUAUCCCACAAACUAUACCAACAGAAGUAAGAGAAGAGAAACGUGCACCACUUGCUCAUUAUUCUGAUGAUUCACUAAGUUCAACAACAACAACAGGUACAAUUGAUUCAAUGAAUCAUGAUUAUAACCGAAUAAAUCAUUCAGGUAAAGGUUUCAAUCCAGAAAGUGUAACAUCUAUGGUUGAUGAAAGUAGUGAUAGUACAUUGGAAAAUAUUCAGCCAACUGUAAUUCCAACAAGUAUACUUAAAAGUUCAACUUCUAUUGGUGUACAAAAUUCUAAUUCACCGAAACAACGUAAUCGUAUAGGCAAUCGUGGUACACGAGGUGUUAUGUUCAAUACAACAGUAACUGUAGAUGAUGGUUCUGAGGUGGUACGUUUAAAUUGUACAUUAGAUGAUUCAGAAUUAGAUAAAAAUAAAGUACCACCUACAGAAAGAUCAAAUUCAUCACCAAUAAAUAAUAGAUUAAGUGGAAUUUCAGAUAAAUUCUCUCGUUCUAAAUCACCACAUGAACGUACUAGUAAAACUAUCUUACCAAAGUCAGGAUUAUCAGCACCACAACCACCACCAACAGCAACAACAACAACAAUAACGGCACCACUGCCAACCUCUGUAAAAGCUACCACAACUACAAACAAUUCAGAAUCGAAAUUACCAACAAAUACACAAGGUAAAAACAAUCCUGUCAAAUCAUCUAAUCUGCUGAAUUCGAAUAAUACAGGAGAAUCAAAGUUGGAGACAAGUAUGAAUAAUAAUAAUAAUAUUAAUACAGAGUUUUCUCAGACAAAUGAACUUGGUUAUACAGCACCAACACCCCCGCCAAGACGAAGUAGUCAAAUUACACCAAUGAGCACAGAUGAGGAUACAACUACAAAGUCUACAUCUUCAAAUAUCAGACAAGAAGGUGAUAAAAGUGAAAUAGUUUCACCAGUCUCCAGUAAACGAUUACUUCCAUGGCCAACAAGUGCUGAAGCAAAUGAAAGUGUGACUAGCCCAUGUGAAUAAUACUCCCAUAAUCUUAUCAUGUACUAAUUCUUUACUGAUAA